GUGAGACCUCACCGGAUACAGCGGGGAGAGCUUCCGGUUGGGAACCCGCUCUAUCCCGAGUGCGGGGCCGGGCAUGGGCGAAGACAGCAGCCCCGUCAGCGUCAUUCUGGUCAGCUCGGGCAGCAGGGGCAACAAGCUGCUCUUCAGAUACCCCUUCCAGCGGCACCGGCGGCAGCAGGGCGAGCAGACCAGCAAACCCAGCAGUCCCUACGCAUUGCACAGUACGCCAGAGGGCACUGAAGACCAGGAUGGGGACUCGAGGUUCUCCGAUGCCAUCCUGGCCACCAUCUUGGCCACCAAGUCCGACAUGUGUGGCCGGAAGUUCGAGCUGAAGAUCGACAACGUGCGGUUUGUGGGCCACCCGACCCUGCUGCAGCAGCCACUGGGCUUCCAGGUCUCCAAGCUGGACCCUUCCCCAAAGCGGGAGAUGCCUACCAUGAUUCUCUUCAACGUGGUGUUUGCGUUGCGGGCGAACGCGGACCCCUCGGUCAUCGGCUGCGUGCACACGCUGUCGCGCCGCCUGGCCGUGGUCCUGCAGCACGAGGAGCGCCGCUGUCAGUACCUGACCCGCGAGGCGAAGCUGAUGCUGGCCAUUCAGGACGAGGUGUCCGCCAUGUCCGACGGCGAGGGGUCCCAGUCACCCUUCCACCAUAUCCUGCCCAAGUGCAAGCUGGCGUCCGACCUGAAGCAGGCCUUUGACAGCCUCUGUACCACGGGCAUCGUCCACCUGCACAUCAACGACUGGCUGGAACUCAGUUUCUGUCUCCCGCACAAGGUCCACCGGCUCGGCCCCGACUGCAUCCCUCCGCACGCCAUCGAGCGGAGCCUCAAAGCCAUCCGGCCGUACCACGCCCUGCUGCUCCUGGACGAGGAGAAGGCCCUGCUGAGCCAGUUGCCCGUGGACUGCUCCCCUGCCCUGGUGCGGGUCAUCAAGACCACGUCGGCCAUGAAGAACCUCCAGCAGCUCGCUCAGGACGCUGACCUGGCCUUACUGCAGGUCUUCCAGCUGGCCGCCCACUUGGUGUACUGGGGCAAGGCGAUAAUCAUCUACCCGCUGUGCGAGAAUAACUUCUACAUGCUGUCCCCCGACGCUGACAUCUGUGUGUACUCUCCCCUGGCCGAACGUUUUUCCCAGAGAUUCCCCGGAAACAACCUCCUCAGUGUGCUGUCUAAGUUCUCCCUGCCCACCUCGUUGUCACAGUUCAAGAACCCGCUGGCACCUCCCAUGCAGGAGGCCCAGCUGGUCCAGAUGGUGAUCUGGAUGCUGCAACGCCGACUGCUGACCCAGCUCCACACCUACGUCUGCCUGCUGGCGCCUCCGAGCGAGCCCGCGGCGCCCGGCCGGGCUGAGGAGGACAGGAUGCUGCCCACCCGCGUGGGGGGCCGGAGCCUCAGCGCCCCCAACGCCCUCAGCUUCGGCUCGCCAACCAGCAGCGACGAUAUGACUCUGACCAGCCCCAGCAUGGACAACUCCAGCGCUGAGCUCCUCCCUAGCGGUGACUCGCCCCUUGGCAAGCGCAUGACGGAGAACCUGCUGGCCAGCCUGACCGAGCACGAGCGGGAGGCCAUCCAGAACAUUCCGGCCGCCCAGAACCCCGACGACCUGCGCAUGCUGGCCAAACUCCUGCACUAUUUCCGCGGCCGUCACCACCUGGAGGAGAUCAUGUACAAUGAGAACAUGAGGCGCUCGGUCCUGCUGACCCUCAUCGACAAGUUCCGGAGCGUGCUCGUGGUUCGGCACCACGAAGACCCCAUCAUCUCCAUCUUCCAGAGCCCCUCCGUGUGAAGGAGGGCGGGUGGGCUGGCUCCUCCACUUCCCAAACAGUCCGUGGCCGUCCUGGAGUCAGUCGGGCAUGGAGAUGGAGGGGUUUGGUCUGUGUCACAGGAGUGGUGCGUGGCUGAGGAGCAGGGUCAAAGGGCAGAGCAUAAAUAUUAUUGACCUGGGAGUAUGAGAUGGGACGGUGCGGAAGGAGUUUCACUCUGUGUCUGACCCCGGGGAUGUGAGAUGGGACGGUGCGGAGGGAGUUUCACUCUGUGUCUGACCCCGGGGAUGUGAGAUGGGACGGUGCGGAGGGAGUUUCACUCUGUGUCUGACCCCGGGACUGUGUUAUGGGACGGUGCGGAGGGAGCUUCACUGUGUGUCUGACCCCGGGGAUGUGAGAUGGGACGGUGCGGAGGGAGUUUCACUCUGUGUCUGACCUGGGGACUGAGUUAUGGGACGGUGUGGAGGGAGCUUCACUGUGUGUCUGACCCCGGGAGUGUGUGAUGGGACGGUGUGGAGGGAGCUUCACUGUGUGUCUGACCCCGGGGAUGUGAGAUGGGACGGUGCGGAGGGAGUUUCACUCUGUGUCUGACCCCGGGAGUGUGUGAUGGGACGGUGUGGAGGGAGUUUCACUCUGUGUCUGACCCCGGGAGUGUGUGAUGGGACGGUGUGGAGGGAGCUUCACUGUGUGUCUGACCCCGGGAGUGUGCGAUGGGACGGUGCGGAGGGAGUUUCACUCUGUGUCUGACCCCGGGAGUGUGCUAUGGGACGGUGUGGAGGGAGUUUCACUCUGUGUCUGACCCCAGGAGUGUGUGAUGGGACGGUGUGGAGGGAGCUUCACUGUGUGUCUGACCCCGGGAGUGUGCGAUGGGACGGUGAGGAGGGAGUUUCACUCUGUGCCUGACCCCGGGAGUGUGUGAUGGGACGGUGUGGAGGGAGCUUCACUCUGUGUCUGACCCCGGGAGUGUGUGAUGGGACAUUAUGGAGAGUGUUUUCUCUCAGUCCAGUCUCCAGUGGAAUUUCUACUCAAGUCUGCAUCUCCUGUGGUUGAAUUGAUCGACGUUUCAGGUGAUGUAAACAGUAGCAGUAUCUUCACUGUGUUGUUGAGAUCUGCAAAUUAAGGCUGGACUGGACGCAGGGCUGCGAGAGCUCGUGUGAAAUGGGUACGAUUACUGGAUUUAAAAUUCUUUCUCAGACUUCCCCACUUCCGGGAUGAAGGCACAGAUCAGAUCACUCGCUCCCUGCCUCCAGGAUUGGGAAUGUCAGGGAGUGAGUGAAGGACGCAGGGUCAGUUCGGUGUCAGGAUAGCUGGUGUUCAAUACAGACAGGGAGGAGGUGCUCCGUCACGGUGAGAAGAUAUCCUGGCGUUCGUGUGAAUGGGGAGUGGGGACAAGAGGGGAGGAGGAGGAGAGAUGGGGAAAGAAGGGAGAUGCAGGAAGAAUGAGGGUGGGAAGGAGAGGAAAAGGGAGUGAGGGAGGAGGGAUUGGAGGGAGAAUAUGUUGGGCACUGCAUCUCUUGAAAAAAAAUUGACUCCAUCACAAGAGCACGUGUUUUAUUAAGCUCUGUUUUUCACACGGUCCCAAAAUAUGAAAAUACAUGUACAGUGUGGAAAAGAACAAAAAUAUAUUUAUAUUCAUAUGUGUAUUUGUUUUUCUCU